UAUUGGAUUUUUGUGCAGUAGCCCGCGUUCUCAGCGUGCCUCGCACAAUACACCGAACAGUCUGUCGCGAGACGUUGUGUUGUUCGCGUUCAUGCUAUGAACUAUUCUCUCGAGUAGUUAUGUGUGGUGGAUUUUAGUGGCGUUCGGUGCAGUUAAUUAUGUUUCAAGGAAUUACUGGAUGAUAUAUUUAUUUAGGAAUCGCAGUACUUUAAUGUUGCGAUGGAUACAGAGUGCAUUAAAAUAAAUGCGAUUUAAAUUAUCACCACAGAGACUCAGAUGAAGCAUGACGGUCCCCAUAGGCGAGGAUACGUGCCCGCGCUGUCAGAAAUGUGACAGGUGGAGGGGUGCGCCGGACUAUGUUCGUGAACCAAUGCUGCUCUGGGACCAAUUCCCAUGCCCACCACCAGUGGGAGACAAAGCCAAGCUUCUCCUUGAGUUAGAUUGGAAUGGACGCUUAGGGCCACAAUACGGAUGCCUCGCUUUCCGCCGCGUGGCGAAACGAUGCAAAGUGGAUGUGACUUCAUUGAAAUUACCAGACUCAUUGAACUCCUGUGAUAGCGUCUACUCCGUGCUCGGGUUGUGCGGAACUCAGUGUGUGAUAGCCAUUAUUCUUGCCUGCAUAUGCCUGCUGUUCGUCUGCAUCCUGGUUGUUGUGUGCUGCAGAUAUGUCCGCCGAGGCGACAAGAGCACCGUGCAAACCACUUGCACGAAGAUAGUGAGUGCCGACGAUCCCAGCCUCCAUACGCAGCUGAGCCGCUACUACGUACAGAGUCAGUACUACUAUAGAGCGGGAAACAUUCCAGAGCGCCGCGGCCUCCCGUUUGAGGUUCGAUCGACGGAGAACGGCGUAGAAGCGAGGCUCAUCCAAGCAAUACAGCAAGUGCCAAUCCACCAGGAAUACCCGUUUGACGAGACGUGUUCCCAGUGCCGACACAAUGCCUCCCGCCAGAGCACACUGAGUACCAACCGAAGCCGACAGGGGUACGAGCGGAUCUACUGGCGAGACAAGGAGGCCAUGUCCAAACAUGACCCGUCUAGCGAUUCUCUGAUUCACCGCCGGCAAUCCGACAGACAAAAGUCCGUAGCGGGCAGCUCAUCCGAUAUGUCGCAUUAUUACGACUACAUAAGUGAUACACCGCCAUACGAUAGCGGGACUGUCUGUAGCAGACGGUCAAAUCAUUCCAUUUUGUACAUACCAAGAAACGCAUCUGCCACUUUCAAAGAUUCCCUUUCGCAUUAUAACGAUUCACGGUGUUCAAACGAAGACCGCAGUUCACUGCAUUCGCGAUAUACGAACAAAGAAAUAGUUCCUUUGAAAAGCGAAGUAAUCGGUAGCGAUGGCUCUAGGGACGGCAGACAAAAUCUUCCAUUAUACGGCGGAUCGUUGAAAGGACAUUAUUGUUCGGACAGUGGAAUUGUACCAGACCGUGAUCGCCUACCCACGUCGUUCGAGGAAACCACACUUAAUGCAUGCUCAACACAACAAUAUAUUGCAGACGAUACGACGGCCCGUGUUCCUAUGAAGGGCUAUAAAUACACAUACAAUCCUUACUUCGACGAAGAUACUACGACGACAAGCAGAAAUAACAUAAGUUCUAGCCCCGGCACGCCUAGUUCUUGUAUGGAAUUAGAGGGGGCCAUGUGCACACGAGACCAAUGUGAUACUAGUUCUAGUCCAAAUAGCAUUAAACUCAAGGUUAAAGGGUCGCGGGCAUCAAGCUUAAGGUCGAAUAGGAAUUCAGAUAGCACAUCACUUAGUGAUAGUGCCUCUGUAACUAAUAUACAUAGUACACCGAGGACGAAUGGUACAUUUUACAAAUCAAAGCGACCUAAAUAGUUUGUUUUAUAUUAAUAUGUUUCAAUUGAAAUUUGUUUCUUAUGUUUUCUUUUCAUGAUGUUUUGAAUAUUAAAUAUGUUAUUAUGUCUGUU